AUGACGUUCCCCGACGUUUGCACGCCAAGGCGGGAGCUCGGCCACCGGCAACAUGGCGGCGCCGAAGCGUAAGGUGUCGAGUCAGAGAGAUGCUGCGAGCAAAAGGGUGUCGAGCGGCUCCAGGCCCGUUGAGCAGGAGGUCGACAGGACGGGCUGCCACUUCGUGGAGGGAGCCAUCGUUCGGAUCAAGAUGGAAAACUUCCUAACUUAUGAUUCCUGUGAGAUAUUUCCUGGGGCCAAUUUGAACAUGAUAGUGGGUGCCAAUGGCACUGGAAAAUCCAGCAUAGUGUGUGCAAUUUGUCUGGGCUUGGCAGGAAAAACGUCCUUUAUUGGGAGAGGUGACAAGGUUGGUCUUUAUGUGAAACGUGGAAGUAACAGAGGAUCCAUUGAACUUGAACUCUGCAGGCGUUCAAAAAACCUUAUCAUUAGUCGAGAGAUUUCUGUUGCAAAUAACCAAUCAACUUGGCAAAUAAAUGGAGAACAUGCAACUCAGAAAAUGGUUGAAGAGCACACUGCUGCUUUGAAUAUUCAAGUGGGCAAUCUCUGCCAGUUUCUACCUCAGGAGAAAGUUGGUGAGUUUGCAAAAAUGUCGAAAAUUGAGCUUCUGGAAGCAACAGAAAAAUCAGUUGGUCCACCAGAGAUGUAUAAAUUUCACAGUGAUUUAAAGAAUUACAGAGAAAAGGAGAAGGAACUGGAGAACACGUGUAAAGAAAAGUCAGUUGCUUUGGAGAAAAUGAAACAGAGAAAUGAGCGAAGUGAGCAAGAUGUGCAGCGAUAUUAUGAACGACAGAGACAUUUGGAUAAAAUAAAAAUGCUGGAAAGAAAGAGACCCUGGGUGGAAUAUGAAGCAGCUCGACAGGAGCAUGAAGAAGUGAAGCACCUCCGUGAACAGCUGAAACAAGAACUGAAAGCACUAAAAGAAUCAGUGGCUCCAGUGACCAGAAGAAUUCAAGUUGUUGAAAGGCAAUGUAGGGAGCAGGAGGCGAAAGUCAAGGAAAAGGGGUCAGAAAUUAAGAAAAUCUCUCAGGAGUGCAAACAAAAGCAAGAUUUAUUGGAACGGAAAGACAAAGAGGUUGAAGAAGUUCAGCAAAAUUUAAGAAUGAAAAAUGACGAAGAAAUUGACCGUCAGAAAAGAAUAAGCAACACAAAGAAAAUGAUUGAUGACUUGCAAAAUGAACUAAAUGCUACAGGGAAUUAUGACCAUGUGCAACCCGAGAUAGACCAAAUCAGCACUGCCCUCCGGAAAGUUCAAGAGGAAAAGGGAGCCAUCGACACCGAGAAGGCAGAGCUGCGAAGAGAGAAGGAAAAUUUAGAGAAAGAGAAAAAGAAGGUUAUGGCUAAUAUCAAAAGGCUUGAAGACAUGAUGAACUUUAAAGAAGCAAAACUUCGAGAUCGGUUUAAGGAUACAUACAAUGCUGUCCUAUGGUUAAGAGAGAACAGGGAUAAAUUCCGUGGACACAUCUAUGAGCCAAUUAUGCUCGAGCUCAAUAUGAAGGACUCUAGAAAUGCUAAGUAUGUUGAAAACCAUAUUUCAUUGAAUGACCUGAGGGCCUUUGUUUGCGUGAACAUGGAAGAUAUGGAUAUAUUCCUUCGCGAGGUCCGUGAUACACAGAGGCUAAAAGUGAAUGCGGUGUGUGCGCCUUCCAUUUCAGCGGCAGGGAAGCGGCCUACUAGACCCAUUCAGGAACUUCAAAAUUAUGGUUUUGUAUCUUAUUUGCGAGAGCUGAUCGAUGCACCAGAACCUGUAAUGAGCUUUCUUUGUGAGCAGUACAGAGUUUAUGAUGUUCCUAUAGGAACUGCAAAGACCAAAUCGAUGAUUGAAAAGGUGAUAAAAGAAACUCAACUGCGUCAGAUCUACACAGGAGAUGAGCGAUACAGUGUUAAAAAAUCUGCAUAUUCCAAUAAGACCGUUUCCAGUAACACAGCAUUGAGAAAUGCACAAUUCCUCCUCGUCCAAGUGGAUGUGGAGGAAAGAAGACGAUUGGAUGAUCAAGCAAAAGGGAUAACUGCAAAGCUAAAUGCAGUGGAAUCACGCAUUGCUGAAAUUUCUGAGACGUACAGGCAUCUGGAGCGGAAAGAUAAUGAACUAAGGACAAAGAAAACAGCUUGUUUUCCGUACUUUACCACCUUUACAAUGGAAAUCCUCAAAUUCAACGCUCACAUUUGCCAAUUUAUUCUCAGUCUCAAACAGAUGGAGAUGGACACCAACAAUCUUCAAGAGGAAGAACAAAAAGCUAAUGCGAAGAUGAAGGCAAUCAAUACCCAGAAAGGCAAACUUGUUUCGGAAUUAACGCAGCUCAUCAAGACCUGCAUGACACUGAACAUGGAGAAAGUUUUCUUUGUUCUCGAUAACACUUUGUUAAUUUAUCAGAAGAAUCAGGUGGAAACUGAAUUUAAAGAAUCUAAUGCAGAGCAAAAAAUCAAAGAGCAACAAUAUAGAAGUCUGGAUGACAAAAAACACAGACUUUUGAAUACAUGUAAGGAGCGUAUGAAAGCAGCUAGAGAAAUCUGUGACUUGGAUCCAAAUCAAAAAGAUAUCCCCCCAGAACUGAUGACAGUUGUGGAUGAAUACAAGCGGAAACAAGAAAUAGAAAAUUUGACCGAGGAGCUAAAUAGAAAGAAGAGUGAAUUAGACAAUUAUAAACAUAAUAUCUCACAGGUUGUUGGAACAAAUAUUUCUUUGGCAAUUACAUUCAUGUCAUUUUGGAUUUUUAACCAUUUGUACAAGCUGUCAGAGGAAUAUGACAAGUACGGUAUCCGAAUUAGAGUCAAGUUUCGCAGCAGCACUCAGCUGCACGAACUCACCCAACAUCACCAGAGUGGUGGAGAGAGAAGCGUUUCAACAAUGCUGUAUCUGAUGGCACUACAGGAACUAAAUCGGUGCCCCUUUCGUGUUGUAGAUGAGAUAAAUCAGGGAAUGGAUCCCACCAAUGAGAGGAGGGUGUUUGAGAUGGUGGUGCGUGCUGCUUGCAAGGAAAAUACCUCUCAGUAUUUUUUUAUCACGCCCAAGCUGUUGCAGAACCUAACCUAUGUUGACAACAUGACAGUGCUGUGUGUUUACAAUGGGCCACACAUGCUGCCACCGGGCAAGUGGAAUCUGAAUGCUUUCCUCAGGCGGCGACGGAGGGUGCAAAUACAUAACUGAGAAGCCAUCAGCAUCUCCCUUAUUACAUCAAUACUGUUUACAAGCAAAAGGGUUGCCUUGUGACUCAGGGCUAUUUCUUCAAUUACUUGCAUCAGCAAUCUUUUUCAAAACUACAUAUGGUUUUGAAGAAGGAUCCGACCCGAAGCAUCACCUAUCCAUGUUCUCCUGAGAUUCUGUGUGACCUGCUGCGUUACUCCAGCCCUUUCGGUUUUGUAUGUUUUUGGAGAAUGGGAUGGUGGAAGAUCUAAAUGUCAUUUUGCCUGUGCUUGACAGUAUACCUUUGCUUAUUAUUUUUGAAAUGAAUGAAAAUAGUAUGUAAUUAUUUGACUGCUGGUAUCCAUUGUGAUCCUGGUGUGUGAACAUGUGUGUUCUGGAACCAAUUGCUCAACAGCCUUGAUGAAUGCGUGUUACAUAAAUGGACUAGAUAUUGCUGAUGCAGCAAUAUAAAUUUGUCCCUUUAUUGGCCACACACCAUUGUCCUUACGCACAUCUACCCAUGCAGUUAUAUUCAAUGCUUUCAUUCUGGUGUGCCUUGAUCUUAACAGAACUGUUAUAGAGUGUUGUAAAAAGUAAAUGUGAGUCAAGAGUUUCUCUCAGUAAAGAGAGAUUCCAUUUAAAGAUAGAUUCCUCAGUAAAGAUUGAGGAUUUCCAUUUAAUAUCCCUGGAUAUGAGUACUUGCUUCAUUAGCAAAUUUAAUGAAGCAAAUUGCCAGUAAAAUCCUGCUGGAUAUCCCAAUCUUGGGUUGUCUGAUAAAUUUAUGACGACACUUAGAUCAGUUUUGAAUGGGGAUAUGCAGAACCAUUUCCCCUUUUAGGAAAGAGAAAACAUAUAUGCUUCAAAUACAUUUUUGUUAAAACUGUGCCUGUCAGCCAGCAAUUAGAAAAUCAAUAAUGAGCUAUUUCAGGUUCAUGAGCAGCUCCCUGUUAGCAGCAGAUCUUAUUUUAAAUAGUGAAAUAAACUUUUGAGUAGGACUGGAAUCCAACUUCUAUUGGAAACAAAAGUUACUCCUCUCUCAAAUUGGAACUAUGCUGUACACAUAAUUCAUGAACUCUGCAGGAUAAGGUAUUUUGCAUCCUACCCGUCAGGAUGCAUAUUACAUAGAAAGAGAAUAAUACUGAGGGUAAUUUAAAUUGGCUAUCAAAAGCUUUGUCUGUUAUAGAUUUAGCCAGUACUCUAGUUGUGCUGCACGAGCAACUUGUCAAAUUGUGUGCCUUGCACACUUUUUUUAAGACUCACCAAAUCUCUUGUGUUCUCAUGAAAUCACUUGACAGAGGGUUGUUGCCAAGUCCUCCAUAAUUUAUUCAGUAGAACACGGUGUUGCACCAGCGGCAAGGCCUGCAUCUUUGCCUUCAAUAUUGCUGUCGGCCAUAUUAAAAAACAUUGUAGUUUUAAUCUGUGGCAUCAUUCAAAUAUGGAACGUGACUGGUUUAAAAAGAUAUCUAUUUAAAAUGCUGUACUUGCAUCUGCCUUAUUUUUGUAAAUAAUGGAUAACAGAAUAUUUAGUGUCCUAGAGUUGCAGGUGUUUUCUAAUCAGUGUAUUCCAUAAUUUUUACCAAAUAAAUUGCUACAUGCACAAUUUUAAUGAGAACAAAUAUAAUUCUAUAAUUCCUUCCAGUUUUCCCUUGAUCUCCCUGUUACUCCUGUCUCAGCCUGAUAAUGCCUUUAGAGGAAGGCCAAACAUGCCAUAUUCAUAGCUCCAGAUAUUCUAUAAAGGGGAAUAUCUGGGAUCUGAUUCUGGUAUCUGCCCUUUUAUGACUUCAUUGCAACUAAACCAAUUCAUUGAAUUUCCUUCGCAUUAGCUUUUAAUGAAACAUGUUAAAAAAUUGUAUAAUUUUCUCCUUGUGCAUUUUUGUAAAAUUCCAUGGAAAAUAUUUUGGUGUUUAAAUUGUCUUUGAGAACUCAUUUGUUGUUUUGAUACUUUUAAUGUGCACUUGCUAUUUGUUUUAAAAGAAAAUAAUUACCCUUUGAAAUGGUUUGUCCCUGUAUGAAGUGAAAUAAAUUAUGUUUAUUUUUGCAGUGUCA